AUGUUUAGAGAAGUCAGCGUUCCUUCGGUCGGCGCUUCUCGCUGGAAGGCUAUUACAAUAUGUACAGGAGCUUCUGCCAGUACUCUACAAGACAUCAAAGUGCCAGAAAGCUGCGGAGGAUAUGCUUACAGAGAUGCUGGUGUCUCGGGGUCCAGCGUCCGGAACAGAUUUAUUUACUGGAGAACAUACCAGGACAUCCUUGAGCUGGUGGAAGAAUCACUAGAUCUGUCGCUCUCUGGGAACCUGGUUCGGUACCGGUUUCAGGACACGCCUAUUUUACCGAAGGUCACCGUCCAUGAGUCACACGGAAAUGUGGUUGUUCUUGUGGCUACGGUUGCCAGUGUUCAUCGCCUUGUGUUUCCACAUCCAAAUCAGUUGACUCGCCAGCAGACAUUUAUUCUAUCCGAUCAAAAUGCCUCCUCCAUAUUUUAUGAUGCCUCGCUGCCGGACGAUCCCAAAAACCAAGUGUUGCUGACACCAGGGGGCAGCAUAAACUCUCACCUGCUGGGAGGUGCCAGCUGUGUGUGUCAUGAUGGCCACGCUUUAUUUGUACUGGCCACAAACACUGGAGGACUGUUGAUUGUCAAGAUGCCACCUGUGGGCGUUGCAGGUGUUGUCAUCCAGCAGGAGUUGUCCUGCUCAUCUGUCAUGAAGAAACUCUGGAAUGGUAUUAUACCUGGGGCUUUGAGGGCAAGUCAGCCUGCUGGAGAGAUGGCAGUCAGUUUAGAGUUGAUGUCUGUGAAUGGAGAAAUUUAUGUCUUCACAGUGUGUAGAGACUUCCGACUUCGAGUCUGGUCAAUGAAGAGCAAAGACUGUGUUUUUGUGGAGAAUCUUCUAGAUUACACAAGUGAGGAAUUGGAUGAUGCGGGAACAACUGCUGUUGCUAACUCUUUUGGACAUGUGAUCAAGGCUGUGCUGGGAGAGAACACAUCUGACAUCUGUGCUUACCUCUCACUUCAAAAUAAAGCAAAGUUUGUAUUCCUGACACCAGUGAUAGAAAAUGGCAAGAUUCGGAUGGAGCAUGUGACCACACUGGACAAGUCUCCGCCGGAAGAUCUUGUGGAUUUUGUGGCCACUGAAGAUUACCUCAUGUCGCUGUGGACAACCCAGGCUGGGGACACCCAGGUGUUGACCACGUCGCUGGUGCAACCUGAAGGUAACCUCAGCAGUGCCUGGGAGCCUGUUGUUCUGGCAGCCUCCCUGGACUUCCUGGUGGUGCCUCAGAACCGUGACCCCCGGGAUGUCUAUCUGGAGAGGAUCUUUGCUCCCGGAUUGUUUGCCCCUCAAGAUAUCAUGAAAGCCUUGAGUGUGUAUCGACGGCGCCCAAUGCCGUCUGUAGAGGUUGAAACAUUGUACAAUAUGGCGUCCCUGAAGGAGGAGGUCAGCAAUGCCGUGGACUCGGAAAUUCGCAACAUAGCCCUAGAGGACGAGGUGCCGGAAGUUUCUGAGGACAAUUUUGUACAGCUGCAGCAUGAGCAGUGGGAGAAGUUCUAUUCUGGUUGUUGCCAGUACAAACAGGUUGGAGACAAGGCCAAGGGACUAACAGCUGAUCCGGUCACUGGCAUGUUUUGUAUCAUUAAGAAGUCAACCUUCAGCGUGCUGAGACCUUGUGACAAGACAGAAGAACUUUACCUGUCACCGACGAUCAGACUACCAGUGUUCUUUAUAGAGAGGGCUGGUUUCACAGCAGAUGGUAAGAUGAAGUUUGCAGACGAUGUCCGCCUGCUGUGUGAUGCUGUGCAGUUCGUCAACUCCCGCAUCCCUCCAGACGCUGCCUGUAUGUUCCUGAGCUGUCUACAGAGCCUGCAUCCUCCUGAAUACCUGGUGGAGAAGUUACAAGACAUGAUUAGAACUGACCAGGAGGCAACAGACACACUGAUCAGAAAGGCUCGCCAGAUGACCAGUCUUGUGUCUACCAUGGAGGCAAUCUUCAACAUGCUUGAGUUCCGAGAUGUGGCUGCAGACCAGAUGGAGGAGGCAGCUGGACACCAACAUUACAGCAAUCUGUUCACUGGGACUUUGGCCAUGUCCAUCCUGACCCAAUCCUUUCAACAACUGGUCAGUCUCAGGUUUGAUUUUGUCAGGGAUCUGACCGUCUUUCUGGUGGUUGUCUCCAGUCUCAAGGAAAGGGCAGGCCUGGCCCAGAGUGUCAAGGACACCAUCAUGAAUGACCUGCUGCCCAAGGGCGUGGACUUGCUGAGAUGUUACAAGGUUCUAGUGUGGGCAUCCCAAGCCCUGACCACUGCUAGCCCCAACAGUGUGCUUGAUCAGAAUUUGCGGCAGCUGAGUACCUUGGAGAUUACUGACGUUUCAGCUCGUACAACAGCUCGGCCGAGUUACCACACUUCUUACGUGGCGCAGAUGUUUCUAGAAGGUGUCGGAGGUGAGCAGAUCAGACAGCGGCUGGCGUCUAUCAGUGCUGGGAGUCCGGCCGUGUGGAGAGACGACCUCAUUGAAUUUAUUUUGGGCCUAGGCCUGUUAAUCUGGCCAGCGACAGACGACACAAUAUUCCCCGAGUACCUGGUGCGGGCCUGCCAGUACCUGCGGCUGCAGGAGUAUGUACAGCUGUUGACUCCCUGGUGUAGCUGGAACGAAGGAUCUUGUGCCUUCUUUCUCGGCCUCGCCUACUUGCAUUUCCACGAGGUGCACAAAGCUGUGAGAUUAUUUGUUGAAGCCAGCGAUGGUGUUGCCACGGAAACAUUCUUGUCACAGAAACUCUUACAGUCAGAGGAGACCAACCACUACAGACUUCAGACGCUCUACUUCCUCAAGGUCAUUAGGCAGUUAGAGGAGCAUGGCUUGCCUGACCUGGUCAUCACCAUGGCAACUGAAGCCAUCAACAAAGCUGACAAAGAUGACCCAAAUUUG